AUGUCGUCUCCAACAAUGAAAGCUGUCAACUACCAGGGCCCUUACAAGGUCAAGGUAUCGGAGGUGUCGUUACCCAAGAUUCAGCAUCCCGACGAUGUCAUCGUCAAAGUUACCACUGCAGCUAUCUGCGGCUCAGACUUGCACAUGUACGAGGGAAGAACGGCCGCAGAGGCCGGCAUCACAUUCGGCCAUGAGAACAUGGGAAUCGUGGAGGAGCUUGGCGCCGGUGUCACUCUUCUCAAGAAGGGAGAUCGUGUCGUAAUGCCAUUCAACGUCGCCGAUGGCCGCUGCCACAACUGUGAAGAGGGACGGACAGCAUUCUGCACUGGUGUAAACCCUGGAUUCGCCGGUGGUGCUUAUGGAUAUGUUGCCAUGGGCCCCUACCCUGGUGGGCAAGCACAGUAUAUCAGAGUUCCUUACGCCGAUUUCAACGCUCUGAAGCUUCCUGCUGGCAAAGAAUUUGAGUCAGAUUUCAUUUUGCUUGCAGAUAUCUUUCCCACUGGCUGGCACGGCAUCGAGCUCUCCGGCUUCAAGCCCGGCGAGAGCGUCGCUGUUUUCGGUGCCGGCCCUGUGGGACUGAUGGCCGCUUAUUCGGCAGUUCUCCGCGGCGCAUCAAGAGUUUAUGUGGUCGAUCGCGUUCCCGAGCGUCUUCAGUCCGCCGAGAAGAUCGGAUGUACACCAGUGGACUUCACCCAAGGCGAUGCUGUCGAGCAAAUCAAGAAGCUGAAUGGCGGAGAAGUUGACCGCUCUGUGGAUGCUGUUGGAUAUCAGGCCGUGAGUGCCGGUGGAAACACUGAGCAGCCCAACAUUGUGUUGGAGAAUAUGAUCAAGGUCACACGAGCCUGCGGUGGACUUGGCAUUCCAGGACUUUACGUUCCGAGCGACCCUGGGGCGUCCGAUGAUGCUUCGGCAAAGGGCAUGAUCAGCUUGAGCUUCGGUAAGCUCUUCGAGAAGGGACUCUCCCUUGGAACAGGACAGUGCAACGUCAAGGCGUACAACCGAUACCUACGUGAUUUGAUCAUCGCGGGCAAGGCCAAGCCCAGCUUUGUCGUCUCACAUGAGAUCAACAUUGAUGAUGCAGAAGUCGCGUAUGAGAAGUUUGACAAGAGAAUCGACGGCUACACGAAGGUUCUGAUCCACCCCAACGGCGGCUUCUAA